UUUUGAUGCUUGCUUGAAUAUGCAAUUUGUUGAUUCAUAAUCUGUAGAAAUGAUUGUUGUCUAAUUAUAUAAUUAUUGUGUAGUUCCAUAAUGCUAGAUCAAGUAGACAUGAUUUCAUACAUAACUGAAGAGAACAAAAGGAGAAAGAGGAAAAUGAUAGUAUUGACAGAACUUUACUUUGAAUCUGUUCUUCUCGGAAUGGCGUAUCUUAUUUCACAAAGAGCACCUCCUGGAUUAGGUAGUUUUAGCGAUGAUGAACACAAACACACACUUAGGAAGUACUUGUUGAAGGAUAUGUAUGAUGGCUUACAAGUGGCAUGCUAUGAUCAGCUACGUUUAACGAAAAGAAAUUUUCAUGAUUUAUGCACCAUGUUGCGUGAGAGGUGUGGUCUGCGUGAUAGUGUGUAUGUGGUUGUGGAAGAAAAGGUUGCCAUGUUCUUGCUAGUAGUGGGUCACGGUCUGAAAAUGAGGUUGCUUCGAGGCACAUACAAGCGGUCUUUGGGAACUAUAAGUACUCACUUUUCCGCAGUGUUAAGAGCCAUUCUAUCUAUGCAUGGGAGUUCAUUAAGCUUCCAGAUGCUAAUGUUCAACCUCCUGAUGACUACAAAUGGAAGUGGUUUGGUGAUGCACUAGGAGCAUUAGAUGGCUGUCAUGUAGAUGUUUCCGUUCAUGUGGCUGCCCAAGGGAGGUACAGGAAUAGAAAGCAAGACGUCAGUACUAACAUGCUCGGUGUGGUGGACUGGAACAUGAAAUUUCUGUAUGUCUUACCUGGCUGGGAUGGUUCCUCUUCAGACUCUAGAGUCCUACGCGACUCCAUGAGAACUGAUCGCCAAGAUGUAUUUGUUGUACCUCAUGGAAGAUAUUACUUGGCUGAUGCUGGUUACACGAAUGGACCCGGAUUUCUAGCUCCAUUCAGAUCCACUCGGUAUCACUUGAAAGAGUGGGCAUCAAGUCAGCAACAACCCCAAAAUGCCAAAGAGCGGGUUUGGUUGGGAUUGGGUCAAUAACAAGCUACUCAUGGAUAGUGAUGAUGUGUGGAACAAAUAUGUCCAGGCUAAUCCGAAGGCAGCUUGUUACAAGAACAAAGAAGUGAAGAAUUGGGAGGCAAUAUUAACAAUAUACUCCAAAGAUCAUGCAACCGGUGAUGGUGCAAUGACAGGUGCUGAAAGUGCAGCGCAACCAAUAGAACUAGAUGAAGUAGUCGUCGAAGCCUCUCCAGAAUUGCCACCAAAAAGGCAGCGAACAGGUGAUGCUAUCUUGUGCAUGCUUGGAGAAAUGAAGGGUUCUUUUCAAGAUGCUAUGAAAUCACUUGAGCCACUAGAACUGCCCAAGGUUACUCCUCCUCUUGAAAUCCUUGCCGCCCUUGAAAAGAUCCUAGAUUUAGCUCGUUCAGACAUGUUACGAGCAUAUGGUAAACUCAUCCUUAGUGAACGUUUAUUCCAAGCGCUUAUGGAGUUACCCAUGGAGUUUAGGAAGGAGUGGUUGUUGAUGCUCAACGAGAAGAACAAUGUUUGAUUAGUUUCAAGUGCUUAUGUCGUUUCUUUGUUUCAUGUAAUAGCUAUGAACUUGCUGUACUUGAAUUUCCUAUGUCAUGUAAUGAUGGAAAA